CACAUGAGAUUGAAAAAAACACCACAAUUAAAAAGAGUUCAUUCUUCUUUUUCUUUUUCUUUGUUUUUGUUUUUGUUUUUUAGCUGGCUCUUCAUGUUUGACGCGAUCAUCAUGAAAACGAUGAUCAUUAAUCACACCGUUCGUUCAUUUGAUUCAUAAAAAUUCAUAAAAACGAAAACAAUAACAUUAAUUUUUUAAAAACGGAAAUUAAAAAACCAAUAAUUAUGAAAGGUGGUGGUGGAAUUAUAGUACUCAAGAGAAACUGUUGUUGUUGUUUUUCUUGUAUCAUUUUUGUUUAUCGAUUAUUAUUAUUAUUACUACUUUUCUUAUUCUUAUUAUUAUCAUUUUCGUUUUUCUUUUUCUUUUUUCCAAUUUGUUUUUGUUUUUGUUCUUCGCUGUUCUAUCUUUUCAAUUUAAGUUCCACCGUUCAUAUUACAAAAAUCAACACAAAAUUUAAAAUGGGGAAAAUAAAUAUUAACUGAAUCUUUUUGGUUACCGUAAUUAUUAUAAUUAUUAUUGUGGUUGCUUUUGGUUGUUGUUUUUCUUCGCGUUCGGGUUUUGGAAUUCUAGGGUUUUGAAAGGGGAAAAUUUCGAUCUAUGGAGGAAGAAGCAGAGAAUAAUACUCAGAAGGUUGAUGAUGGAGUUGAAAAUAGCAAUGAGAAUUUCAACAACAAUGAAAGCAAUAGUAAAAUUAUGAGUUCCAGUGAAGGUCAAAGCAAGCCCAAGCGUCAGAUGAAAACGCCUUUUCAACUUGAAGCGCUGGAGAAAGCUUAUGCUUUGGAAACUUACCCGUCGGAGGCUACUAGGGUGGAGUUGUCGGAGAAGUUGGGGUUGUCGGAUCGGCAGUUACAGAUGUGGUUCUGUCACCGGAGGUUGAAAGAUAAGAAGGAGUUACCGUCUAAGAAGCUACGUAAGGUGCCACCUUUGGUGAAUUCUACUACUGAUGAACUUAACCCCAAGUUGGCUCUUGAGCCUUGUAAUGAAUAUGGAUCCGGGUCGGGUUCUGGGUGUAGUCCGGUGACCCGACCGGAGUUGCGAAAUGUGGUGCCUCUGCGUUACUAUGAGUCGCCCCAGACUAUAAUGGAGCUUAGAGCUAUUGCUUGUGUGGAAGCACAGUUAGGGGAGUCUUUGAGGGAAGAUGGACCUAUUUUGGGAAUUGAGUUUGAUCCGUUGCCACCGGAUGCAUUUGGGGCACCCUUAGCUGUUGCGGAGCAGCAGAAGCGGCCUGGUCUUGCCUACGAUGAUAAAAUAUAUGAAAGACAUGAAGUUAGACCGAAUAAGGCAAUGACAAGGACGUUCCCUGAAUAUACAUUUGUUCCGAACCAGUCCAGCAUUAGGUCUGACACGUUUGAACAAUUGAGUCAACCUCAUUUAUAUGAUCCAAUGGAGGGUCCUACCAGAACUCCUCCUUUUCCGAUUGGAAAUGAACAUCUACCUAGAAUUCAUGCUACUCAAAGCCAUUCUUCCCGUGCUCGCCUUUCGUCUCAACAUGAUAAGCAAGUGAUUCCCUAUACUUCCCCUCCUCCCCUUUUGUCUCAACAGAACAAGCAAUUGAUUCCCUUUCCAUCUCCUCCUCGAGAUGAUGAUGUUGUCCCCAAUAGGGAACCUCACUCAAACAUAGCCAAUGCAGGCAUGAACUCCCAAUUCACAGAUCACCAAAUUGUUGGACAAGAAAAUCCUUUAGCUUUAGCUUUACCUGGUGGACAAGUUUUCCCCAAUGAUGCGGUAUUGCGGGUGGAGAAGAAACGAAAGAGUGAUGAUGCCAGAGUUGCCAAGGAAGUUGAAGCCUAUGAAAUAAGGAUGAAGAAAGAACUUGAGAAACAAGAUAUCCUAAGAAAAAAGAAUGAAGAACGAAUGAGGAAAGAAAUGGAAAGACAAGAUCGUGAGAGAAAGAAGGAAGAAGAGAGGCUGAUGCGCGAGAGACAGCGAGAAGAGGAAAGAUUAAAGCGUGAGCAAAGGCGGGAGAUAGAACGAAGGGAAAAAUAUUUGAUGAAAGAACAUUUAAGAGCUGAGAAAAGGAAGCAAAAAGAAGAGAUUCGCAGAGAGAAAGAGGCGGAGAGAAGGAAAGCAGCCCUUGAAAAGGCAAAUGCUCGCAGAAUAGCCAAAGAAUCUAUGGAGCUCAUUGAGGAUGAACAGCUGGAAUUGAUGGAGUUGGCUGCAGUAAGCAAGGGCCUUACCUCUAUUAUCCAUAUUGAUCUUGAUACUUUGCAAAACCUUGAAUCAUUUAGGGAUUCCUUGUGUGUUUUCCCGCCCAGAAGUGUAAAGCUAAAAAAACCAUUUGCUAUCCAGCCCUGGAUCAACUCGGAUGAAGAUGUUGGCAACCUUCUCAUGGUUUGGAGAUUCUUGAUUACCUUUGCUGAUGUUCUUGAGUUAUGGCCUUUUACUCUUGAUGAAUUUGUGCAAGCGUUUCAUGAUUAUGAUUCAAGAUUGUUGGGUGAGAUACAUGUUGCUGUUCUUAAAGUGAUAAUAAAAGACAUUGAAGAUGUUGCAAGGACACCUACAGGAUUAGGACUGAACCAGAAUGGAGCUGCUAAUCCUGCCGGUGGCCAUCCAGAGAUUGUGGAAGGAGCAUAUACAUGGGGCUUUGACAUACGAAAUUGGCAGAAGAACUUAAAUCAAUUAACAUGGCCUGAAAUUCUGCGACAGUUAGCAUUAUCUGCAGGAUUGGGACCACAGUUGAGAAAAAGAAGUGUUACUUGGUCAUAUGCAAAUGAUAAAGACGAGGGAAGAAGUGGCGAAGAUGUCAUUUCAACACUUCGUAAUGGUUCAGCAGCUGUAAGUGCAGUGGCAAAAAUGCAAGAGAAAGGUCUAUUAGCUCCUCGAAGAUCGAGACACAGGUUAACUCCAGGAACUGUUAAAUUCGCAGCAUUUCAUGUUCUCUCUCUUGAGGGCGGCAAGGGUUUGAAUGUACUAGAGCUUGCAGAAAAGAUUCAAAAAUCUGGUCUUCGUGACCUGACAACCAGUAAAACACCUGAAGCAUCAAUUUCGGUUGCUUUGACUAGAGAUGGCAAACUUUUUGAAAGGAUAGCUCCAUCAACAUAUCGUGUACGAACUGCAUUUAGAAAGGAUCCUACUGAGUCUGAGUCCAUUCUUUCAGAAGCAAGAAAGAAAAUACAGAUAUUUGAAAAUGGGUUUCUAGCUGGUGUAGAUGCCGAUGAUGUUGAAAGAGAAGAGUCAGAAAGUGAUGAAGUUGAUGAGGAUCCUGAAGAGGAUGAUUUGAUUAAUCCUUCAAGUGGAAACCCAAAUACAGAACAAUAUGAUGACAUGAACAUUUGCUCGGUAAAUGUAAAAGCAAAUUUGGGUCAUGCUGUAGACUUUAUUCAAAAUGAGCUUGAUACAGAUCUUCCUUGUUUUCCUGAGAAUGGUUCCAAGGAUGCUGAUUGUUCCAGUUCUGUCACCAGACAACCAGUUGCUUGUGAAAAUGUAAAUACUGGAAAUCUUGAUGAUGAUGUCAUGGAGAUCGAUGAAAGCAAGUCUGGAGAAUCAUGGGUUCAAGGGCUGACAGAAGGAGAAUAUUCUGAUCUCAGUGUAGAAGAGCGUCUAAAUGCUCUUGUUGCAUUGGUUGGUGUAGCAAAUGAAGGAAAUUCAAUCCGUAUUGUUCUUGAGGAUCGAUUGGAAUCAGCAAAUGCUCUGAAAAAGCAAAUGUGGGCAGAAGCACAAAUAGAUAAAGUUCGGCUAAAAGAUGAUUAUAUUGUUAAAUUAGAUUACACGUCACUUACUGGAAAUAAAUUUGAAACACAAGACACAUAUCCUGCUGUUGAGGAAAACCGUAGCCCGUUGCUCAACAUCAAUAUUAACAACAUUAAGAAUGAAGCAUCCCCCAGCACUACAGAAAACCAAAAAGGAACUCCUUCUGUACAGAGCCUACUUAUUGAAAAGCCAUCAACAGUUCAAGAUUUCUGCACAGGAAUAGGUCCAGACAACUUUCAGACUCAGGUAGCUGCACCGUAUUCAAAAAGGUCACGGUCACAGUUGAAGUCCUAUAUUUCCCACAUAGCAGAGGAGAUGUAUGUCUACAGAUCUUUACCCCUUGGCCAAGACCGCAGGCGUAAUCGAUAUUGGCAGUUUGUUGCGUCUGCUUCUAGUAAUGACCCUGGUUCUGGCAGGAUCUUUGUUGAACAUCAUGAAGGCAGUUGGAGGCUUAUUGAUUCCGAAGAGGCCUUUGAUAUUCUUUUGACAUCACUGGAUUCACGCGGGAUCAGGGAAUCUCAUCUGCGCUUAAUGUUGCAAAAGAUUGAGAAAUCCUUUAAAGAAAAUGUUCGAAAAACUACACAAUAUGCAAAAAUUGGAAGCGUAGAGAAAUAUUCUAUAAAAACUGAAGCUGAUGAAACAUAUCUGGUGCCUGAGCGCCAUUCAGGACCUGACAGUUCUAGCAGUACCCUUCAUGACUUGAACUCUAGUACAUCAGAAACUUCAUCAUCCUUCAAAAUCGAGCUUGGGAAAAGUGAGAAUGAAAAGAAAGCUGCCUCGAGAAGGUAUCAAGAUUUUCAAAAGUGGAUGUGGAAAGAAUGCUAUAGUUCAUCGAUUUUAUGUGCAAUGAAAUUUGGGGUAAAAAGAUGCAAACCUCAGGUGGUUAUUUGUGAAAUCUGUCUCAAUCCUUAUUUUGUUGAAGACCCCCAUUGCAAUUCCUGCCACCGCACAUUUCCGUCAAAUAAUGGAUUUAAUUUUUCUAAACAUGCAUUUCAAUGUGUUGGCAAUUUAUCCAAAGAUAUUUGUAUUUUGGAACAUUCUCUUCCCAUGAGGACAAGAUUGCUUAAGAUCCUACUGUCAUACAUGGAGGCAUCUGUUCUCUCUGAAGCAUUUGGAACAAUUUGGACAGCUGAUUUUAGGAAGCAUUGGGGUGUGAAGUUGAGUAAAUCAUCGUCUGUUGAGGAACUUUUACAGAUGUUGACCCUAUUUGAAAAAGCACUAAAGCGUGAUUUUCUAUCACCAAACUUCUCGACAACGGAAGAAUUAUUGGGAUUAAGCAGAAUGUCAGAAAAGGCUGCACAUGUGUCUGCUGAUCCUGAAUCAGUUGCUCUACUUCCAUGGGUUCCACAAACUACUGCAGCAUUGUCUCUCAGGCUAUUUGAGUUUGAUUCAUCCAUUAGCUAUGUAAAGCUCGAGAGACUUGACCCCGGUGAGGAGAAAGAAGCAAGAGAAUACAUUAGGCUUCCAUCAAGAUAUACUUCCUUCAAGCCUAAUAGAGAGAUUGAGCCAGCAGCUCUUGAUCAUGAUGCAUUCACCAAAAUUAAAUCUUCUACUAAUAAAAUUGUUCAUAGUGGAAAUAAACGUGGACGAGGGGCUAGUGAUCAUGGGAGGGUGAAAAAGCUGUCUAAAAGAAUGUACAAUUCCAAACGAGACACUGGCCGUCGAAACAUUAAUGUCACCGAGAAUCUAAGUCAGAGAUUAAGACUGCAGGGACGAGGACCACAAGGGCAAGGGGGUGGACGAGGUCGUCGAACAGUCAGGAAACGUAGAGUAGAAAAGAGAGCUGUUGAAGAUUUGUUGCUGGGCCAUGCAGCAGCUGGUCAUAGCUUCAAGAGUGCUAAAGAACCACUGAGAAGUUUGGAUGAAGAAUGGGAUGUAGAAAAAGCAAGUUCCAUGACUCCUGUUCACAUUGGGGUUGCUGAAAAUAGUAUCAGUGCUGAAGAGGUGGAGUCUGAUGAUAAUGCUUUAGGAGUGGAGUCUUAUGAUAAUGCUCAAGGAAUGGAAUCUGAUGAUAAUGCUCAAGAAAUGGAAUAUGAUGAUAAUGCUCAAGAAAUGGAAUAUGAUGAUAAUGCUCAAGCAGUGGAAUCUGAUGAUAAUGCUCAAGCAGUAGAAUAUGAUCAUGGAAACUGGGAGAUAGGUUAUAAUGGCGUCUCCCCUAACAGAUGGCACAGGGAUUUGGUUGGAAUGAGUGAUGAAGACGGGGAUGCUUUUGAAGAUGAUAAUGAGAAUGUCAAUGUUAAUGGCUUUGAAGAGAAUUUCGAGGAAGAUUCUGAGGAAGAUAUUAUGAGUGAAGGUUCGGAUCACAUGGCCAAUAGAGUAAUAAACGUAGGAGGCUCAGAUUUGUCUGUCUCUGAAGAUUCUUCUGAUUAGAACAUCCAUUUUUAAUUUGAUCAAUGUAGGCAUUUACAUAUGAAGGCUGCAUUACAUUUUUUCUUAUUGCAGUUUUAGAAAUACCUCAAUUCCAGGUUACAAAUCACACGGCUGGAAGAGUAGAUUUAGUGUAUAUUAUCCAUGCAAAAUGGAGCCAUGUAUUUUUAAAUGUUAAGCAGAGGGCUUUGUAGCCAACCUUAUGUUGUUUUUUUCUUCUCUUUGUAAUAGAUACUCAUUAACUAAUAAAGUUUUUAUUCCACUUUAA